GGAGCUUUGGUAAGGGAUCGUCAAAAUGAUUACCAUGGGAGGGACAGAAGAUUGGGGGAAGCCGAUACAGAAAAAAAUUAUGUUAGGAAAAGUGGUCCAUUUGAGCAUGGGAAUAAAGAAAGUAGAAUUGGAAGGGGAAGUGCGGUAAAGGAUUAUCAAAGUGAUUACCGUGGGAGAGACAGAAGAUUGGAGGAAGCCAAUACAGAAGGAGAUGCAGAAGAAGAAGAAAUGGAGGCAGUUGAUGAUCCAAGGUGGGAUUGUAUUCAAAACAAGUUCAGGGGAAUGGAAGAUGUAAAACCUGGACGUGAGAGACCUGAGUUUCGAAGGUGGAAUAGGCAGGAAGAUUGGGGUAAGAAGACAUGGAAAGAGGCUACUGAAUCGUCCGUGCCUAGGAUGAUUGGCCAAAGUGUUUAUGGUGUUGGUCCAGUUUUGGCUGCUUUGUCAGCUGGAAGAAGAGAAUUUUAUGCAUUGUAUAUUCAAGAAGGGAUGGAUUUGAGCAAAAAUAAUAGGAAGAAGAAGGACAAGAAGGGCUUUGAGAGAAUUUUAAUGAUGGCUGACAAGAUUGGGUUAAACGUAAAGGAUGUCUCUAAGCAUGAUCUUAAUAUGGCUACUGAUAAUCGACCUCAUCAGGUUCUGGUUCUAGAUGCCUCUCCGUUGGAGAUGGUGAAAAUUAACGAAUUAGAACCUGUUUCAGUUGAGGAAGAUAAGGGUUCUCUCUGGAUUGCUUUGGAUGAGGUUACAGAUCCUCAGAAUGUGGGGGCAAUCAUCAGGUCGGCUUACUUCUUUGGAGCUUCUGGGGUGGUAUUAUGUGCCAAGAAUUCAGCCCCACUGAGUGGCGUUGUGAGCAAAGCAAGUGCAGGCUCACUUGAGUUGAUGGAGUUGAGAUACUGCAAGAAUAUGAUGCAGUUCCUAACAUCCUCGGCUGAAAAUGGUUGGCGGUUUCUUGGAGGUUCUGUUUCUUCCAAGGCUAUACCUUUGAAAGAGGUUGCACCUAGUGUGCCAACAAUUCUUGUUCUGGGAAGUGAGGGCACUGGGUUGAGACCCUUGGUGGAAAGAUCUUGCACUGAUUUGAUUAGAAUCCCGGGGAAUAUUCCCAUGGAAAUUACUGCUGGUGGAGUUGAUGAUACUGAAACCAUGGAAGGGAAUCAUGCAUGCUCAGCUGAAGAGUUUCGAUCAUUUUUGGCCGUGGAGAGCUUAAAUGUCAGUGUUGCAGCUGGUGUGCUGCUUCAUCACUUAACAGGAAACGAUAACGAUGAGAAUGUCAAUGCAGUUAAUCAACACUGACGAACUUGACUGAGGUUCGUCAUAGACAUUGUACUUUAUAUUAGCACUUUUUAGAGCUUUAUCUAAAGUUGGGAGUAGGUUUACAGUUUUUAUUUCCGUAUAGCCUCUUGAUCAGAAAUGUGUGCCAUAACAACUAAUUUUUGGCGUUAAAAUGAUUAUCUUAAACGAGUUGAGAUCA